AUGUUGUUGUCGGCAUGCGCACCUCCACUCAGUCUCGACGAUGACUUCGGUCUCGGAUGGGAUUGCUUUGAUCGGAAAAACGACGUGAAAAGUGAUUCCCUGGAUGGAUUUGAUUCGCUAGCGAAUUCACCCCUGUCACAUCUCGGAAUGGACUCUGAAUCUUCUUCUCCUUCAUCUUUCAGCUGUAGUCUGUCUCCCCUGGAUUUGGACUGCGGUUGGUUAUGGUCACCUUUUCUAUUUAUUUCUCGAAUCACUAUUUCAUGGGAAUAUUGUUAUCAAUUGACUGUUACAGAUACUUCCCUUCCGUCGUUUUCCUAUGACGAAUCAUCCUCACCUCUGCUUGGUAUGCCGGAUCCGAUCGUACCUGCCAUGACUAUGGAUGAAUCGUUUGCUGUUGCAGCAGUGCCUCGGAGAUCCAUCAUGGUUCGGAAACGCAUGCAUGAAUGCUCGAUGGUGUGCUGGCUUUUCCGUACCCUGCUCACUUCGGAAUAUCGCGCUCUACCACUGAAUGCGAUCUUCGAGAUCUUUGAGGCUACUAAUCCAUCGUCCGCACAUGGCCGCCAUUGGCGCCAGUCGAUUCGGCACUGUCUAAUGUCGUCUGCGGUAUUUGUGCGCGUCCUUACUCCAAAUGUAUGUUUGAACCUUAUCUGA